AUGCUAAACAUUCGCUUACUCCGCAGUUAUCAAUCUAGGAUCCUCGGGUCAUUCAGUCAUCGCUCGUUCCACUUUUCUUCCUGCCGACAUGUUUCGUCCUACUCUGCAGCUGUAGAGGCUGGAAAUAAACUUGUCAAUCCACAACCCAAGAAAGUGGUCAACGAUCCCUUUUUCCUUGUUUCCGAGGAGAUGAAGUCUCUUGUCAAGAAUAUCGGUGCCCUCAUUGGUUCUGGUCAUCCCACCUUGAACCGUGUGGCCUCCUAUUAUUUCGAGUCAAGAGGAAAAAACGUCAGGCCGUUAAUUGUCUUACUGAUCUCCAAAUCCCUUUCGGAAAUUCCUCAAGAGGAAAGGACAAGGAUCUCUGUUGAUUCCAGCGAUAUCAAUGAUCAGAAAGAAUACCGAGGGGUUAGUAGUACCAUGUCGUUUGCAGGUGCAGACCCUGAGCAUUCAAUUACUCCGUUGAAGAUUCUUUACGGUAUCAAUCCAAAGAUGAUUCUAAACCCCUUGAGUAAACCAUUUGAGCAGAGUGCUGCUGUCAAGAGGAUGGAUGAACAGAACGGUAUUCUUCCCAGACAGAGAAGACUUGCAGAGAUUACUGAGAUCAUUCAUACCUCCUCGUUGUUGCACGACGAUGUGAUUGACAUUGCGGAUUCUCGAAGAGGACGUCCUAGUGGAAACAUUGCCUUCACCAAUAAGAUGUCUAUUUUGGCAGGUGAUUUCUUGCUUGCCAGAGCGUCGGUUGCGCUAUCGAGGCUUAGGAACAACGAGGUGACUGAGUUGAUGUCAACAGCUAUCGCCAACUUGGUGGAAGGAGAAUUUAUGCAGUUGAAGAACACGGUUUUUCAACCGAAGGUCAGUGAGGUCAUUAACGGCGGUGAAGUCAAGCGAGUGCCUGAACCUACAGGUCGCGUGCCAAUGAAAGUCCCGGAAUAUACAUUGCAACAACCCGUUUCCAUUUCUCACGAAGAGAAUGUCCAGGCCGCUUUCGAAUACUAUCUCCAUAAGACAUAUUUAAAGACUGCGUCUCUCAUGUCCAAGUCUGCACGCUCUGCUGCCGUUCUUUCUGGAUGUAACGAUGAAAUGAUCGAUCAUUGUUACAAUUUCGGCCGUAAUUUGGGUCUCUGCUUCCAGAUCGUUGAUGAUAUGCUCGAUUACACCACCAACGAAGAUGUUUUAGGAAAGCCCGCUGGUGCAGACCUUAAAUUGGGUCUAGCUACUGCCCCUGUACUUUUUGCCUGGCAGAUCAAGCCGGAAAUCGGCCCCCUAAUUGCACGUAAAUUCAGCGCUCCGCACGACGUUGAAAUUGCUCGUACUGCUGUCGUUGAGGCUGGCGGUGUGUCCAAGACGAAGAAGCUGGCAGAAAAGUAUCGGGAUGCUGCUUUAGAACAUUUACGUUGUCUUCCUGAGUCUGAUGCUAGAAGUGCGCUAGAGUUCCUUACUAAUGCUGUCGUUACCAGAAAUAAAUGA